AUGGGUUCUGACAAACAUCCAAAUGCGCAGAAAAAGAUUGAAGUGAAAUGGGUUUUUAAAACCAAGCUAAAUGAGAAGGGUGAGAUUGACAAGCACAAGGCUCGUUUGGUGGCAAAGGGCUACAAGCAUGAGUUUGGUGUUGACUACAAGGAGGUGUUUGCGCUAGUUGCAAGGAUGGAUACAAUUCGGCUUGUUCUUUCCAUGGCUACCCAAAACUCGUGGCCAAUUUUUCAAUUGGAUGUAAAGUCAGCAUUUUUGCAUAGGGAGUUGGAAGAAGAGGUGUAUGUUGAGCAACCUCCUGGAUACAUGCAACAUGGGAAGGAGAAAAAGGUAUUUAGAUUGCACAAAUCACUCUAUGGGCUACAACCGCAUAGAUGCUUACUUUGCUAA